ACAAAUAUCAAAGCUAGUACAGAUCCGCUCAACAGCAAUUCGAGUCACUUGAUUUCAAUUCUCUCUCCAGUAGAAUGCUCGCCAUUGUUGUCAACUGCGCUUUUCAAUGUAGCAAAUCGUAACAACUCGUCUACAAAAAAAAUCUUAAGUCCAGCCAUUGCAUCAAGACAAAAAUUUGGACAUUUUGACUGUAAAUCAGUAAGCAAAAGGUCAUGUAGCAAAAUCCGAAUCGUGGCCACUGCUCUGACAGAUCAAUUAACACCGGAUAAAAGCUCCGAUUCUUUAGCCACAUCUUCUACCGUUACUUACCCUCUAAAAAGGACCAUAAAGGUUGGCGGAAAGAUUGCGGCAAAAGUAGAUUCUGUCAAGGAAGAUGGCAAAUCGCGCUUUAUUCUUGAGUGUGCUAUUCCGGGAAGCUGGGUUCUGCAUUGGGGGAUUACCUAUGCUGACGACCCAAACAGUGAAUGGGACCAGCCACCAGCCCAUAUGCUACCUCCUAGCUCAGUAUUGGUCAAGGAUUAUGCGGCACAGACUCCGUUGAAGCAGGAGACAUUACCUGAUGGUCAAAUAUUAAGCUAUGUGCAAAUCGACAUCAAUAAUAGCGAUUCUCUUGCAACGAUUCAGUUUGUCUUGAAGGAUGAGGACACAGGGGCAUGGUACAAAGACAAUGGGGAAAACUUUAGGGUUAUCCUUGAACAAGCCAUGCAAAAUGAUUUCCACAGCAUCAACAAUAACAUGGGUUCAAAUAUGUGGCCAGGAAUCCUUGAUCGGGUGUCUGGGUUAUUCUUGAAGUCAAAGAUGUCCUCGCCAGAAGCUAUGGAAAAUAGAAGUGACACUGCUGAUUCCAAUUACAGCAAUCAAGGAAAUGAUGGUGUUUGUAAAGAAUACAAGCUUGUAAACGAAACAGUAGUUGAGAAUUUUCUGAAAGUUACUAUGCAGAAAAAUAAAGAAAAAAAGAUGAGUUUAGUGUCUUUUGACACUGACCUUCCUGGUGAUGUUGUGCUUCACUGGGGUGUGUGUAAAGACAAUGCUAAAAGAUGGGAAAUUGUUGUUAAUGGUCAAUAUCCCUCCAAUACCAAUGUGUUUAGAAGCAGGGCCCUUCAAACUACUUUAAAGAAAAAAGAAAAUGAAAUUGGAAGUUGGGGUGUACUUUGUCUUGAUGAGGAGUAUCAAGGUUUGCUUUUUGUGCUCAAACAUAAGGAGGACAAUACUUGGCUGAAGAACAGGGACGAUGAUUUUUAUAUUCCUCUGACAAUAGAGAGCAGUCGGGUUGCUCAGUCCAAUACUGGAUUUUCCUCUCAAAUAGAUUGGACUCUAAAGGGCCAAGCAGAAUUAGAAACAAAGAAAGACGAGCUGGAUGGAACACAGAGAGGGGUACAGGAGUCGACCAAUGUUGACAUUGAUGCAAGUGAGAUGGAAAAUAACAGUUUUGUAGAAACUGAUACUAGAAACAUUGGGUAUAAAGAUGCAGCUUCAAUUCUUCUCAACAAAGAAAUAAAAAUCUUGGUUGAAAGACUUUUUGCUGAAACUAGUGGGUCAGUAGAAAGUACAACACGGGAAAAUCUUCUUCAGGAGGUUGAACGAUUGGCUGCUAUUGCCUAUAGUAGCUUUAAAGAUUCUCCUUCUGUGCUUACUGAGGAACCUGAACCUGAACCUGCAGUGAAGGUAUGGAAGCCUGAGGGAAAGCCAUGCUCGGGGACUGGAUUAGGAAAUGAAAUCCUUCUUCAGGGUUUUAAUUGGGAAUCUCAUCGAUCUGGAAGAUGGUAUCAGGAACUUGCUGGAAAAACAGCUGAAAUAGGUUCAUUGGGAUUCACAGUUGUCUGGCUUCCACCACCAACUGAUUCAGUUUCUCCAGAAGGAUACAUGCCACGUGACUUAUAUAAUCUGAAUUCCAGAUACGGAAGCAUGGAUGAAUUGAAAAAAAUUGUUAGAUCUUUCCAUGAUACUGGAGUAAAAGUUCUGGGAGAUGUUGUUUUGAAUCAUCGUUGUGCUCAAUAUCAAAAUCACAAUGGAAUAUGGAAUAUUUUUGGUGGACGUUUGAACUGGGAUGAUCGAGCAAUUGUUUGUGAUGAUCCACAUUUUCAGGGUGUGGGCAACAAAAGCAGUGGCGAUUUUUUCCAUGCAGCUCCAAACAUUGAUCAUUCACAAGAGUUUGUGAGACGUGACCUGAAUGAUUGGCUACAUUGGCUAAGGACUGAAAUUGGAUAUGAUGGAUGGAGACUGGACUUUGUGAGGGGAUUUUGGGGAGGCUAUGUAAAGGAUUAUUUACAAGGAAGUGAACCAUACUUUGCUGUUGGGGAGUAUUGGGACUCGCUUUCGUACACAUAUGGUCAGAUGGACCACAAUCAAGAUGCUCAUCGACAACGUAUUAUUGAUUGGAUAAAUGCUACUGGUGGAAAUGCAGGAGCCUUUGAUGUCACCACGAAGGGUAUUCUUCAUACAGCACUUGAAAAAUGUGAGUAUUGGCGGUUAUCUGAUCAGAAGAGUGUACCUCCUGGGGUGGUUGGAUGGUGGCCAUCACGAGCAGUUACCUUUAUUGAGAAUCAUGAUACUGGGUCAACACAGGGACACUGGCGGUUUCCUGCUGGGAAGGAAAUUCAAGGUUAUGCAUAUAUUUUGACACAUCCUGGGACUCCAGCAGUCUUCUAUGAUCAUCUGUUUUCACAUAAUUAUGAUAGAAUUGCUGCUCUUGUUGCUUUAAGAAAGCGUGCAAGAAUCCACUGUCGCAGUGUGGUUCGUAUAGAAAAGGCAAAGAGAGAUGUUUAUGCAGCAAAUAUUGAUAAGAAGGUAAUAGUGAAGAUUGGGCCCGGGCACUAUCAACCCCCAGAUGGUUCCGGGAAAUGGAUUUUGGCAACUGAGGGCCAAGACUACAAGGUUUGGGAGGCAUUGUAAGAAUUCCUUAUGUUCCCAGAAGCUCAUUCUCGUAGAAAGACUGCUACUUGAAACCUCUGGCCGACUAGGAUAUAUAUGUAGCUGUUAAAUACAAUGUUAGUAUGAAGAGUUGAGCUUCUUACUAUGAACUUCAAAUAUUUCUAGUAAAUGAGCUGUGCCAUCAAGGGAUGGUCCAAGUGGGUUUAGAGGCAGGAUGAUAGUACAGUUGUACAGAUUCCACUUUAUGGCAAGAGUUCUGCUCAAAGCUUGUCCCUUGCUGUAAAAGAGUAUGUAUUAUAGGUAAUAAUGAUGUAACCAGUUUCUAGUCACGAUCCUGAUCCUUUUGUUUACCCUUUUGCUUGUAAUUAUCCCGUCCAAGAACUAUCGGCAUGGAAGUAUUGUCCUUCAAAACAUGGACAAAACACGAGCAUUUCUUUUUUAUUGAGUGACAAUCACUAAUAAUAGCCAUAUCUAUAUUAUUUCUGAGCCUGAGGCUAUUGUCCAGAUGGAAAGUCAUGGUCAUGUAAAACGGGUUCAUUUAUUUGAAAUAAUCGCUUCCAAGUGGA